CAAUUUUAUUGUUAUUGUUAACAAAUCGCAGAGAGAGAGAGAGAGAGAGAGCAAUAACAGCCAAAGCGCUUGGGAAAAUUCUACACAAAACGUAGCUGGAAAAAGAUUUCAUUGUAAAAAAAUUGUGUUUCGUUUGCUUGCUUGCGGUGCGCGUGUAUAUGUGUGUUGUGUGCAUGAGUGUGUGCCUGUUUGUGUGAGAGUAGAAGCACAACACAAAAAGGAAAGCAGAAGCAGAAGAAUUACACAAAAAAUGUGCGCCAGGCAAAGCAAGCAACAAAAACAACAAAAGCAGCAGAUGAUGUAAACUUUUGUAAGGCAAACGAAAACAAAAAAAGAAAAAAGACACAAAAACUAGAAAAAGCGAAACAGCAAGAAAGUGAGUAGUGAGUGCAUUUGCCAAAAAAAAUAAGAAAUAGUAGAAGAAGCAGAGCUUUUCACAAUGCCGGAAACGGAGUACGAGUGCUGCAGCAAAGAGUGGCUCCAAUCGGAGCUGAGAGCCAGCUGCGAUGCCAAAAAGCUGAUCAUACUCGACUGUCGCGGCUCGCAGGAAUACAGCGAAUCGCACAUUCGAAGUGCCGUAAACUUUAGCAUACCGAGCAUUAUGCUGCGUCGCUUAGCUGCUGGCAAGAUCGAUUUACCAUCGACAAUCAAAUCGCAGGAGCUGAAAGAGCGCAUUCAAGCGGCCUACAAAGUCUGUCUUUUUAUACUCUACAACGAUGUGGGCGUUCCACAACAGCAGCACCAGCAACAACAGGAUGUGGCAGCGGCUGGUGCAACAGCAUUGGCCAUGUUUGGUGGCAACUGCAACAACGAUGCAACAAUCAAUGUGCUACAUCGUCGUCUCAAGCAGGACGGUUGUCGCGUUGUCUCGCUGCGAGAUGGUUUCUCCAGUUUUCGUCAUGCAUUUCCGGAGUGGUGUGAGGAUGAUAACCAGGCGCACAACAAAGAAAUGGAAUCUAGUCGCAAUGCACAGGCCGAUCAGCUGAUGGGUCUUAGAUCGCUACGCAUUUCCACGCCACAUUCCGAUUCGGCGUGCAGCAGUUCCGGUGAAUCAUCGGACUGUGAGAGCACCACACAUCAUCAUCAUUAUCACCAUCAUCGUCAUCAUAAUUUCAAUGAGGCGCCCGUUGAGAUAAUACCCGGCCUAUUUCUGGGCAACGCAUCGCACAGCUGCGAUUCGAAUGCCCUGCAAAAGUACAACAUUAAGUAUGUGUUGAAUGUGACACCCGAUUUGCCCAAUGAGUUUGAGAAGUCGGGCAUUAUCAAGUAUCUGCAAAUACCCAUCACCGAUCACCUUUCCCAGGAUCUGGCCAUGCAUUUUCCAGCUGCCAUACAUUUUAUAGAAGAAGCGCGCUCAGCUAACUCGGCGGUGCUGGUCCACUGCCUGGCGGGCGUUUCACGCUCCGUAACGGUGACGCUCGCCUAUCUGAUGCAGACUCGGGCGCUCAGUCUGAACGAUGCCUUCAUGCUGGUGCGCGAUCGCAAACCGGAUGUCUCGCCAAAUUUCCAUUUCAUGCAGCAGCUGCAGUCCUUCGAGAGCCAACUCCGUCUCAGUCCCUGCGACGGUCAGGCCAUGGAUGAGGGCGGCGGUGGCGUCGGCGUCGGUGUCACCGGCGGCGGCGGCGGUGGCGGCAUUGGUGGCAGUGUCAACAUAAUUGGACCAACAAACGCUGGCUGCUCGCCGGCCACGGCACUGAUUGCGAACCCCAACCUUGUGGCACGUUGCGGUCGCGGCUCCAAAUUCUCAUGCAAUUGCAUUGCCGCCGACUGCAAGUGCAUGCAGACGGGCGGAUUUAUAGCCGCUCAUCUGGCGAAGGCAACGGGCGUCUCACCGGAUUCGGGCAUUGAGUUUGAUCGCUGGACGCCAUCGUCGGACACAGGUCUCAAAUGA